ACAGUAAAACAGCACUCCAACGGAUAGAGAGCGCAUAAGAGAGGGCAGGCAGCUAAGGUGUGAGCGAGCAAUGGCGAUGGACAUGACUGCACUUAAAUCCUUCAACAUUCCAAACCGUUUUCAUUUUCCAUCAAAAUUCGCUCCUUUUCGUCAUUUCACUUCCUUCAAACCCCGUUGCUCUCUCGACUGCUCAACUAAAAUAAUAAGCAAGCAAGGUACUUUGCCUCGUGGCGUUGGAGAGGCACUACCAGCGAGCGAAUCAUCACACUCCAAAAUUCUUCAGGUUGUGCUCGUGUCCCCUCAGAUUCCAGGAAAUACUGGGUGUAUUGCUAGAACAUGCGCAGCAUCAGCUGUUGGACUACACUUAGUUGGGCCAUUAGGAUUUCAGGUGGAUGAUACUAAACUAAAGCGUGCUGGAUUGGAUUAUUGGCCAUAUGUGGUUGUUAAAGUUCAUGAUUCUUGGGAAGAUUUUCGUGAUUAUUUUAGGCAACAGGAUGGUGAAAAGCGGUUGCUAGCAUUUACAAAGAGGGGAACAAACAUUCAUUCUGAAUUUUCCUACAGAAAAGGUGAUUAUCUCUUAUUUGGUUCUGAAACUAGUGGCUUGCCACCUGAGGCCUUGUUAGAUUGCAAAACUGAACCAUUUGGUGGUGGGACUAUCAGGAUCCCAAUGGUUGAAACUUAUGUCAGAUGUUUGAAUCUAUCUGUAAGUGUUGGUAUAGCUUUGUAUGAAGCUUCUAGACAACUACACUAUGAACCACUUCAGAUAGAACACUCCUUGGAACUUAGUUAAUUGUGGUUAUCACAUCCUAACCGGAGUCAUAAUUGAGAUGGAAGAUUCUGUUUCAGAUUCAAAAGUUAAUCCCAAAUCUACAUAUAAUUCCACUCACAAAACUCUUAUGUGCCUCUGACUAGAUCUUGUGGAGUUACAUAUUAACAACGUUGUUCUGUACCGAUCCACAUGUAAUAUCUCAAUCUAAUGGUUGUGGCAUGUGGAGGGUUAGUCUUUUUCAACUGCAAAUUGAUGUGGUGGAAUGUAGCGAAAAGAGAGAUCGAAGAAUUACUGUUUUGCUUCUUUAUGUAGUCCUUUUAACAGCUUGAGCCUUCUCAUGUUCAACUUAUUAUAUAUGCUUGAGUAUGAUGUUUCAUUUUUGAACUG